AUGCGAACCAAACUCCGAGCGAGGUACAUUCCAUCACAUUAUCCUAGAGAUUUACUAAAACGUUUUCGUAAGUUGUCUCAGGGAACUAAGUCCGUGGAGGAGUACUUUGAAGAGUUUGAGGCCCUAAGGAACCGAUUGGAAGUGGACGAGUCUGAGGCGUCCAUGAUGUCGCAGUUCUUGGAGGGACUGAACGAUCGGAUUGCACGGAAGGUGGAGCGCCAGCCGUAUGAGGACUUCAAUGAUCUCUUGCACUAUGCCGUCCAGGCUGAGGGCCAUAUCAAGAGAAAGAAUGCGGCCACUAGCCGGAGCAAGCCUGCGUGGUCUCAACCAGGUUCCAAAGGUACUGAAAAGAACAAAUCCAUAGAAGUGGAGAACCGGUUCAAGAAGAACCAAGCUGACACAACUAGAGCCGGUUCAUCUGACCAAGGUAAGGGUCAAGUUCAAAAUCAGAGAACCCGUGAUAUUACUGGUUUUAAGUGUCAGGGAAAGGGACAUUACGCUAGGGAUUGCCCAAACAAGCGUGUGAUGGUCCUUAAGGCCGAUGGUGAGUACGAGUCGCAGGACGAGGCCGAGUUGGACAUGGUUGAAUCUGGUGACGAGAUUGUAGACUAUGCUGACACUGGAGAGUUACUUGUGACCAGACGAUCCCUCAGUGCCCUCUUUGAUCCUGAAACCGUACAAAGAGAAAACAUCUUUCACACAAGAUGUACUGUGGAACAAAAGCUAGGUUUGGUCAAGACGCCCCAUCCUAGACCAUAUAGGCUCAAGUGGCUUAAUGAUGAGACCGAGCUUAAAAUAGCCGAGCAAGUUGUUGUGUCUUUUAGUAUUGGUAAGUACCACGACCAGGUGAAGUGUGAUGUAGUCCCCAUGCAAGCCGGCCAUAUUCUCCUAGGGAGUCCGUGGCAAUUUGACAAAGAGGCCAUCCACCAUGGCCGGACCAACAUCUACAGCUUCAACCACAACAACAAGAAGCAUAGCCUAGCACCACUCAGUCCACAAGAUGUUCAUGAUAUGCAAAAGGCAAUGGACCAGUCCAGCAAGGAAGGUUGUUUUGCAGGUUUUGAGGUCCAAGACGUACCAGCUGAGGUACAAGUCCUUAUGGACCAGUACAAGGAUGUCUUCCCUGAAGAGAUACCAGCCGGACUACCCCCCAUCCGCGGAAUAGAACAUCAGAUUGACUUUGUACCAGGCGCGCCCUUACCAAACCGAGCUGCGUACCGAGUUAAUCCCGAGGAGGCCAAGGAGUUGGAGAGGCAGGUCCAAGACCUUAUGGACAAGGGCUACAUUCGUGAGAGCCUCAGCCCAUGCUCGGUUCCGGGACUGAAGGUCGAUGAGGAGAAGAUCAAGGCGAUACAAGAUUGGCCCACCCCGACCACGAUUGGACAUGUCUGCAGUUUCCAUGGUCUGGCCAGUUUUUAUCGACGGUUUGUCAAGGAUUUCAGUACCAUUGCUGCUCCCAUGACAUCUGUGAUCAAGAAGAAUGUAUCUUUUACUUGGGGACCUGCCCAAGAAGAUUCUUUUAAUCAACUUAAAUAUAGUCUGACUCAUGCACCAGUCCUUACUCUGCCUAACUUCGACAAAACUUUUGAGAUUGAGUGUGAUGCAUCAGAUCAUGAGACCCUUAAACACUUGAGAGGCCAAACCACACUCAAGAAGAGGCAUGCUAGGUGGUUAGAAUUCGUGGAGACAUUUCCCUAUGUCAUCAAGUACAAGAAGGGAAAGGACAACGUAGUGGCCGACGCCCUCUCUAGAUGCCACACUCUCAUCACUACCAUGGAGGCUAAGAUUUUGGGUUUUGAACAUAUUAAACUUGCUUAUGCUACUGACCCUGAUUUUUCAGAACUCUAUGCUAGUACCACCAGAGGUGUUGUAGGUCCAUUCUACCAGCAUGAUGGGUUUCUAUUCAAGGAAAAAAGGCUUUGCAUUCCUCAAGGAACCAUGCGAGAUUUACUAACCCGGGAAGCACAUAGUGGCGGCAUGAUGGGUCACUUUGGCCGGACCAAGACCCUAGAUGUUCUCACUGAACACUUCUACUGGCCGAGAAUGAGACGCUAUGUCGAGAGCCUUUGCGCCAAAUGCACUUUCUGCAUAAAGACUAAGUCUCUAUCUCACCCUUAUGGUUUACAUAUGCCUUUACAUAUUCCUAACACACCAUGGGUGGACAUCUCUAUGGACUUUUCCAAUGAUGCUAGCCAAACCGCCAACUCGUUUUUCAAGGAAGUGGUACGCUUACAUGGAGUGCCAAGAACCAUUGUGUCCGACCGUGAUACCAAGUUCCUUAGCCAUUUCUGGCGGACACUGUGGAAGAAACUUGGUACUAAACUUCUUUUCUCCACCACUUGCCACCCACAAACAGAUGGCCAAACCGAGGUAGUAAACCGUACUCUCUCUCAACCGUUGAGAGCUACGGUGGGUAAGUAUUUGAGAAAUUGGUUAAGUUGCUUGCCUUUUAUUGAAUUUGCUUAUAACCAUGCCAAGCAUUCUAUUACUAACCAAUCCCCUUUUGAGGUUGUCUAUGGCUUUAACCCAGAGAUUCCGUUGGACUUCAAACCAUUGCCACCGGACAUGCAAGUUAGUCAAAGUGGUGUGGACAGGGCUGAAUUCGUCAAGAGCAUGCACCAGCAGGUUCAGAAGACACUUGAGACUAAGGCUGAUAGGAACCAGGUCAAGCUCAACAAAAAUCGCAAGGAGGUUCUUUUCAAGCCGGGUGAUUUGUCCAAGCUGGCGCCUAGGGGAGAUGGUCCUUUCCGAGUGUUGGAGAAGAUCAACGACAAUGCUUACAAGCUAGAGCUACCAGGAGAGUUCAAGGUUUCUCCAACGUUCAAUGUUGCUGAUUUAGCCCCUUAUCUUGAAGAUGAAGAAGAAGUUCUGAGGACAAAACCUACUCAAGGGGGAGGGGAUGUUGUGGUCACUCAAGCUGAGGUUCCCCAAGUGCAUAAGGGUCCGACUACAAGAUCAGGUUCAGCAAGGUUAAGGAAUGGGUUCACCAAGGCGGUUCAAGAACUGAUUGAUCAAGAUCUCAAACAGUUAUUGAUUCAAGAGAUGUCUGGUUUGAAGAUUGAAGACCCGACCGGCUCCAUAGAAGUUCAAGAUCAGCCCGGUCCGAUUCAGUUCUCUUCCAUCGUCCAUAACCGAACCGGCCUCAUCCUCUCCACAUUCAAUCUCAAUCCAUCCAACCAACCUAUUUCCGGUUAA